AGAUGCCCGCAUAACGGCCACAAUGCUGCCCUUGCUGGACGUCCUGCGUCUCCCCACAACUAGGGUACUACUCACAACCGAGUCCUUCGUUUCUCGAGUCCUUCCACCAGUCGCAUGUUGCUUCGCCACAGCUUAUCUUGUCCUGCUGCCCCGAACACAGUCAGUCCGCAUUGCGUUGUGGCCCAUCACCGCGAUCCUUGCAUUUCGCGCGGCGACAUCGCUAGACAUGUCCAUGGGGCAACCGGAACAUGCAUUCAUGAUUUAUAUUGCAGCACGCACCUUUGAAUGGACGGUGCAGACGAAACCUUUCGUUCGUAUGGCUCGCCGAUCGUCAACCGACGUGCCAAAGCAAAAUCUUGUGCUCGACGCAAUUGAUUUGGUAUGCAACGCUCGGGGCUGUGGCUGGGACUGGUCGCAGGGAAUGUACAUCCCGCCUGAGACACAUCCUACAUCCUCACGAUUGGCUUUUGCUACAUCCGCCCUAGUCUCUGGUCUAAAGCACAUAUUUCUGUCGGGCGCGAUUCACUCUGCCGUGAAGUCUUUCUCUCCAGCUACAUUUGGAUCUGUUGAUGGUGGUACCAUCUUCGACGACUCACUUCCCCCACACCUCCGUUAUUUACGAUCGAGCAUUAUCGCCACGCUAUCCGCAUUCGCCAUCUACUCAUUAAUCAAAGCCAAUUGCGAGAUCACCGCAUUUAUUUGCGUACUGAUACUUAGGCAACAUCCAGACCAAUGCCCCCCCUUAAUCGACUCUCCCUGGCGCGCCACUUCUCUCAGAGAAUUCUGGAGCCGACGCUGGCAUCAGUGGUUCCGUCGGAUAUUCAUUUUCCUCGGGGGAAACCCACUUUCUCUACUCUUUGGGCGUAUCGGGGGCGUCAUAGGCGCAUUUCUCGUCUCUGGGUUUAUUCAUUACCUCCAACUACUCCCCAUCGACCCUUCCUCGGAGAUGUGGCGCAUGGUGUUGCCAUUUGGAAUGAUGGGCACUGGGAUGGUCAUUGAGCGUGCUGUUUCGGGGAAUAAGACAGGCGGCUGGAUGGGAUGGAUGUGGACAAUGUGCUGGAUGUUGUUGUGGGGGAACGUGAUGGUGGAUGGGUGGGCAAGAGCUGGGAUGCUUGGGAGUCCGAGCGUUUUGGAUGGUGCGACGCCUAUAAGGCAACCGAUUGAGCGGCUAGUGAGGACGUUUGACGAGUAUCUGCAUGCUAUUGGCAGAAAACCGUGAUGGCAGAAAUCUGUAGAUAUUCCGGUAGUUGAUAGUAAAAUUGUGAGAUACGAGAGCAGCUAGUCCAAUGCAAAUUUCUGAAUGCUGGUGGAUGACUUCCAUCGAGAUACGUACUAGUAGUCGGUCC